AUGUCUGAUCGUACGAUUCAUCAAUCGAUCCACACAGGAGAGAAAACAUAUCAGUGUUCUCAGUGUAAAAAAAGAUUUAAUCAAAAGUCUAAUCUCAAAAAGCAUCAGAUGAUCCACACUGGAGAAAAGCCACAUCAGUGUCCUCAGUGUGGAAAAAACUUUGCUCAAAUGUCUCAUCUCAAGGAUCAUCAGAUGAUCCAUACUGGAGAAAAGCCAUAUCAGUGUUCUCGAUGUGGAAAGGCAUUUACUCAAAGGUCUGCCCUCAGACAACACGAGAGAAUCCACACAGGAGAUAAACCACAUCAGUGUUCUCAAUGUGGAAAAUCCUUUGCUCGAUUAGGUUAUCUGAAGGAUCAUCAGAGGACCCAUACUGGAGUAAAGCCAUAUCAGUGUCUUCAAUGUGGAAAGGCAUUUACUCAGAGAUCAGUUCUCAGAGGACACCAGAGAAUCCACACAGGAGAAAAACCAUACCAGUGUUCUCAGUGUAAAAAAACAUUUGCUCAAAAGUCUCAUCUCAAGUAUCAUCAGAUGACACAUUCUGGAGAAAAGCCACAUCAAUAA